AUGCGAUUCAAAUCAACAAACGCGUUAUUAUUCUCCUUUGCUGCUUUGCAACUGAACUUCAUUUCACCAGCAUUUUUAAACAAGCUUAAAAAGAGUAUUGCGGGGUCUUCAUCAUCCACAAAACAAAAAGCACCCGCUGCUGGAGCCAGUGAAGCUCUGUUGGACGAAUACUGGUUUCCUAGACCAGAUCAUGAAGGUGAGGCGUCGCGAUUGAUCGAGGCCGACAAGGGGACAGUUGAAAAUUCCCCAUCAGAACACUCUUCAGAUUCCACUAAACACGUUCCAGAUGAAAAGCAGCUCUGGCAUGACAAGGCUUCCUGGGCAGGCGCUAAACUCAAUUCGCAGAUGAAGACAUUUGACCAGCGGAUGAACAGCAACCGAUUGGAAGAUCAAUACCACUCCACCUUGGUCAACCUUGAGUUCAGACGCAUUUGGAAGAAUCCCAAUAUCUCAGAAGAUGUCAAGCAAUGGCUCGACGUUCUCGCAUAUACUAUCAGAAGACAGACACAAACUCGGGACCAUGUUGGAGUCCAAAUUUCUGUAUCUGCGCUGUAUGGUCUUGACAGCCUUGAGUUGAAGUACACUAACACCAAAAACAAGCAUCUUCUCGUUCAUGUCCGUGCCACAAGGGCAGUUGUGAAUAAAUUCUUGGGAGCAAUCAAACAAGACAUAACUCUUGCUGCGGAGGAUAAUUCACCCUGGCUGAAAGGUUUGUCACGCCCUUUGCUUAGAAUCAAUCCAAUCAUCUCACUAAUUGAUUUUCCUCGAAAUUAG